AGGAAAUUCAGCAUGUGCUGGAAGGAUAAUGCUCAAUGACUCUGAUCCUUUGCUGCCCUCCUCUGGCUCUCCUUUUCAUUCAGCUCCGCAGGGAGAAACCGUUCAAACCUCUAAUGCUGUGUCAGCGUUUCAGGGUGGGGAGAGUGGUGUCCAUACUAUGGAACAAGCUGUAAGUUCACAGCCAGUGCCAUUAGAAUCUGUAUCUAAUACUGACAACAUGGAAAAUAGUUCUCCUGCAUCAGUUUUGGAUGAGAAAGGUGAGCAAAGCAAUGAGGAGGAACAAAAAACUAUCAAGCCUACAAGUAAAGAGUUCAGGAAAACCUGGGGGUUUCGAAGGACUACGAUUGCUAAGCGAGAAGGUGUAGGAGAUGCUGAUCUGGACUCUAAUGAACAACAGCCGCAACAGCAGCAGCAAAGCUUAAACCUCAGGCGUAGUGGACGGCAACCAAAGCGAACGGAAAGAGUGGAAGAAUUUCUUACAACAGUAAGGCGCAGAGGAAGGAGGAGUGUUCCUGCUGCUCUGGAAGAUUCAAGUGAACCAGCAUCCUGUCCAGCUACAGAUGCUGAAACUGCUUCAGAAGAUAGUGUUGAGAGCACUCCAGAUAUAAAACCUGUAACUCGGAGGAUUGGCACUAGGAGUAGUAAGGAUCAGAAAGGCUCUAAAAGCAGAUGCGCAAAAGAGGAAGAAGAAGAGGAGGAGGAGGAGGAGGAAGAGGAAGAUGAUACUUCUGAUAGUGAUAGUGAUGGGUUAACACUAAAGGAACUGCAGAAUCGACUAAGGAAGAAACGCGUUGAACAGAAACCUGUGCAGCUGACAUUGAAGGAUAUACAGAACCGCCUGAGGAAAAGAAAUGCAGAACAAGAUCCUACAGAAACAGGUGAUCUUCAGUCUGAAAAACAAGUUGAGUCUGAGUUGCCUGUCAAACAAGAGCCUGAGACUGCAGACAGCACUGAGAUUGCAAGUCAAGUGGUUGUGUCUGAGGAAGACACUGACGAUCCUCAGGUUCAGAAGGAGGUAAAGCCUGCCCUUGGUGCAAAAGGGAUCACAGAUGAAGAACCCGAAGAACUGCCCAAAAGCAAACCUGAGUCUGAGAUUUAUGACCCAAACGCACUGUAUUGUAUUUGUCGUCAGCCUCAUAACAACAGGUUUAUGAUUUGUUGUGAUAGAUGUGAGGAAUGGUUUCACGGUGACUGCGUGGGUAUUUCUGAGGCUCGAGGGCGAUUGUUGGAAAGGAAUGGUGAGGACUAUAUCUGUCCAAACUGCACCAUUCUACAGGGACAGGAUGAGCCUGUUUCGGAAAUAGACCAGCAGGAAGCUAAAGCAGGGCAAGUAAAUGUGGAUGGCACAGAAUUCACAAGCAUAGGAACAAUUGAACAAAAAUCUGUUGAGGACCAAGGAAUCAAGGGUAGGAUUGAAAAAGCUGCAAAUCCAAGUGGGAAGAAAAAGCUAAAGAUAUUUCAACCUGUAAUUGAAGCUCCUGGUGCAUCAAAGUGCAUUGGUCCCGGCUGUUUUAACUUGGCUCAGCCUGAUUCUGUGUAUUGCAGCAAUGACUGCAUUCUCAAACAUGCUGCAGCCACUAUGAAGUUUUUAAGUGCUGGCAAAGAUGCAAAACCAAAACCUAAAGAGAAGAUCAAACCAAAAUCUGAAAAACCUGGCAUGCCAAAAUCUCAACUGCAGGCAGGUAUUAAGCCUCUUUCAAACCAAAAGAGACCAUUUCCUGAGAAAAGAGAGCUGAAUAUGAAGAAGACUGUUUUGACAACUGCCAAGACUGAGGCAAACACUCAACCUAUUACUAAAGAGCCAGCAGCAGAAAACAGCACACCGUCCUGGGCAAGCGAUCAUAAUUACAAUGCUGUAAAGCCUGAAAGGACUGCUGCCAUUUCAUCUUCACUGUUGUUCAAAUCUCAAAGGGAAGAGAAAAAGCAUGAAGAUAGAGCAGAACCUACAUCAGCAUCGAAGAAAGCAGUUGCAUCUAUAAUGGAGAAACAGACGUCUUCUCUCACUAAAAAUCUUCCUUCAAAGAAGGUCCCAUCCUUCUCUAACACAUCACUAACUAAGCAGCCGCUUAAACCUGCUGGAAGUUUCAAAGGUGUAAUUCCCAAGAAACCUUGGCCUUCAUCAGGCAGUGUUCCUUCAUCAGGCAGCGUUCCUUCAAAACAUUCAUCUCUUUCUCAUGGCUCGUCGGUUUCCAAAAAACCAGCUACAUCUUCCAGUUUGGGUGGAGGACUCAAAAAGCCUUCACUGUCUUCCAUUUCUACCGCAUCUGGAAGUAGUCAAGCAAAAGCAUCAGCUAGCCCUAUGCAGUCACAACCCAACUCUCAGAUUCGACAAAAUAUUCGACGGUCCCUAAAAGAAAUUUUAUGGAAGAGAGUCAAUGAUAGCGAUGAUCUGGUCAUGACAGAGAGUGAAGUAGGGAAAGUAGCACUCAAUAUUGAGAAGGAGAUGUUUAAUUUGUUUCAAGUUACGGACAACAGAUACAAGAGUAAAUACCGUAGCAUCAUGUUCAAUCUCAAGGACCCCAAAAACCAGGGACUUUUUCAUCGUGUCCUUCGUGAGGAAAUCUCACUGUCAAAACUAGUGAGAAUGAAACCAGAAGAGCUUUUAUCUAAAGAACUGUCUGUAUGGAAAGAGAAACCAGCUAAAGCAAUGAUAGAGUCAAGAAGCAAAUCUCAUGAAAUCAAGAAAACAUCUGCAAAACGGGAACAUAUGCAAGUUGUAAAUAUGGAAGAUUCUCCGCCAGUGUCUGAUUCAGAUGAGCAGCAAGAGUCAGCCCGAACUGCACCAAAUUUAAACAGUGCUCCUUCUCUAGAUGUCUUUAGCAGUAUGUUGAAGGAUACAACAAGUCAACAUCGAGCCCAUCUUUUUGACCUGAACUGCAAAAUCUGUACAGGUCAGAUUUCAGCAUCCGAAGAUGAAGGGCCACCUAAGAAGAUAAAGUUAGUGGCCCCUGUUAAAAAGGCAGAGUCGAAAUCAAAACCAGAAGUUCAGCCUAAGUAUGAGAGUUCUGCACCAACGCCAACAGCAGAGCCUGUCAAGGAGGCCGUCUCUGAAGACGCAAUGGAGACUGAAGUUGGACCGGUAGCAGAAACAGUUUCUCAGCCAAGCGUAGAAAGAACUUAUGUUCCUACAACUCAGGGCUAUAACAAUACAGAGUCUUCUGUACCUGAAGAAGCUUCUGCUUUUCCUGCCUCUUGUGCUGGCGGAGUUGUCACAACCGUAACAGUUUCUGGUAGAGACCCUAGGACAGCAAUGAGCAGCUCCUCUGGUAUUGUGACACCAGCCCUGCGUUCUGGUCCUGCAUCUGACAAAGUUUCAACAGGAGAAACAAAACAAGAAACUUCAAAACCCAUUAUGACUGUCCCCAAAUCAAUAUUAACAAAACCGUCAUCCUCACCAGAUCCAAGAUACUUAGCAGUUCAUCAUUCACCCAAUAUCAACGUUGCAGAGCCACGCUCACCUCAAGACAGCGAUACUUCCCUCUUUCUCUCUCGUCUCAACACCAUUUGGAAAGGAUUUAUUAACAUGCAAAGUGUGGCCAAAUUUGUCACUAAAGCAUAUCCUGUCUCCGGGUGUUUUGAUUAUCUUAGCGAGGAUUUACCAGAUACAAUUCACAUUGGUGGGAGGAUCUCACCGAAGACAGUCUGGGAUUAUGUUGGCAAACUCAAAUCUUCGCUUUCUAAGGAAUUGUGUUUGAUUCGUUUCCAUCCUGCAACAGAAGAAGAAGAAGUUGCCUAUAUCUCUCUCUACUCCUAUUUUAGCAGUCGUGGUCGUUUUGGUGUUGUAGCUAAUAACAACAGACAUGUCAAGGAUCUCUACCUGAUCCCCCUGAGUACUAAGGACCCAAUACCUUCCAAACUCUUGCCCUUUGAGGGACCAGGUCUUGAGUCAUCUCGGCCAAAUUUAAUUCUUGGAUUGGUUAUCUGUCAGAAAGGGAAACGUAUUGCCAGUGGCAUUGAAACAGAAAAGAUGGAGGAAAAGCGAAGCAGAAUUCAAGCGCAUGAGGAAACCGAAACGUCACUGUUCUCUAAAGGGCCACUAGCUGCUUCGCAAGAGAAGAAAACACCGAAAUAUACACUUUAUUCAGGAGAUUCAAGCGUAAGUACAACACCACCUGGAUCUCCUCCACCUCCGCCCCCGCUUCCCAUUCCAGACACCUCAGCAGUUACACCCUCAGUAUUAAAAAUACUGUCCUCGAUUAAAAGUGGAACCACAACUACUGUAACACCACCAAUUUCAACCGCUGCUUCUGCAAGCGUUACUGCUACGCAGUCUUCAUCCUCAAAAACUGCCACACCUCUCGAGCACAUCCUGCAGACACUUUUUGGAAAAAAGAAAACUUUUGAGCCUCUUGCUAAGGAUUCUGAAACUGUCCAGUCUUCAAAUCAGGAAGGUCAAGCUGCUGCUGAUGGAGGAAUGUCAGCUGUUCCUUUGUUAGAUCCCAUUGUGCAGCAGUUUGGACAGAUGUCAAAAGACAGAGCUAUAGAAGAGGAGGAGGAUGACAGACCGUAUGAUCCUGAAGAAGAAUACGGCCCGGAGAAAGCUUUUGAAAUGCAGACUGGUGAAAGUGAAAAACGAUACAAUGUGGAAAAGCCAUCUAAUACAGCAGAACUAGAGGAUGAGGCCUACGAUCCAGAAGAUGAAACUAUCUUGGAAGAAGCAAAAGUUACUGUUGAUGAUUUACCUAACAAAAUGUAUACAGACACUAAAAGCAAUUCUUCGGAAACAUCUGCUUCAUAUGUGCCUGAUUUAUCUGCAUCCUCAUCCUUGGUAGAACAGCAAAAAAUGUUGGAAGAAUUAAACAAACAAAUAGAAGAACAGAAAAGACAACUAGAGGAACAAGAAGAAGCCCUUAGACAACAAAGAGCAGCUGUUGGUGUUUCAAUGGCUCAUUUUUCAGUGUCUGAUGCUUUAAUGUCACCACCACCAAAAUCUUCCCUAUUGAAGACUGAAUUAUUCCAUCAGGACCAGCAAGCUGCACAAAAAGUAGAUUUACCUUCAUCUUUAAAUCAGCAAGCACAAGUUUUAAACCAGGGCUGUGACCCAAGGCAGAAUAGAGAUCCUCGACAAGCUAGAAGAAUGGUGACAGAGACUAAUGACAAUGUUGAUUCUCGAAUAAAGCCACAGGUGGUACAGAAUGAGAUAUCCACAAGAGAAAUUGCUCCCGCAAGUUUUCCAAGUGCUUUGCAGACUUCACUUGGUAAGGAAGACAAAACUUUAAUUUCUGCUACUCAGCCUGGUUUUAGCGGUGAUAAUUGGGUUUCAAGUGACAAGGCUUCUACGGUGUCCCAGAAAGAGGCAUCCAAUAGCAAAUUUGAAAACACCGUUCAAGUUAAUUUGGAAAACAUGAGUCAAACAGCUUCUGGAGAUCCUUCUACAUCCAAACCUUUACGUAAAGUGCUGCUUCCAACACCUCCAAGUACAUCUUUUCAGCCUAAUUUCUCCACAUCAAACGACAGUCAGUCUUUGCAAGAUAUGCAUAAAGUAGCGUGGUCAAAUGAGUCGAAGGAAGUAAUGGGAAGGGAUUCUUUUUCAAAUACAAUGUUUACUUCUCAGGAAAAGGCAGCUGGUCACUUUGAACCAGAGAGGGGUCUUUCAUCAGUGCAAUAUGACGAACAAAGAAAUCCUCAGUCUCAUCAAUUUGUAGAACAAACUGAAUCUCCAUCAGUUCAGAGUGAGGGUGGACCGUCCCCACAGCACUUUGAAGAAAACCGAGCUGGACCUCCAUUUUCUUUGCCUGGGCAGAAGGGAGGGCCUCCACAGCCACUGAUGCUCAAUGCACCUGGAGGACCUCAUGGACCUAAUUUUAGAGGACCAGCACCACAGUUCUCUGAAGAGCACGGUUCUCCAAAUAAUGAUGGGCAAAGAGGACCUCCCUCUGGAAGAUUUGGAGGUCAAAAGGGUCCCAUUCCUUCCUUAUUUUCCACACAGCAUGGACCACCAUCUCUUUUUGGUGAUAAUAGGGGCCCUGCCCCUUCUUAUCAUGGUGUUCCAAGAGGAAUGUCACCAUCUCAGUUUGAAGAUCGUAGGGAACCUCACAUGGAACAAAGGGAAUUCUCAGAUUCCCAAUAUAAUGAAAUGAUUAGGCCUCCAGGACAGUUUGAAGGACCAGAUCCACCUCAGUUUAUGGGAAACAGAGGGCCUUCGCCUUUUCCUUUUGGAGGUCAAAGACGACCCCCACCAGCUCAGUUUAAAGGACAGAGAGGAGGCCCUCAGUUUGGAGGGCCAAGAGGUCCAGCCCCGAGUCAUUUUGGGGGACCAAGAGGGCCUCACCCAAAUCAAUUUGAAGGGCAGAGAGGUCCAGCUCCAAAUCAUAUACCUGGUCCAAGAGGACUUUUGCCACAGCCAUUUGAAGAACGGAGAGGGAGUCCACCACCCAGAUUUGCCAACCAGAGAGGUCCAGCACCGCUUCAAUUUGGAGGACCAAGAGGAGCCACACCUGCACUGUUUCCAGAAGAAAAUGAACCUCCCCCUUCUAGAUUUCAUUUCCAGGGUCAGUCACCACAAGGUAUGAAGCCCACCCCAAGACCACUCCUGGACCUUCCAAGCCAUCCACCACCCCACAGAAAAGAGAUGUGGGAGGAAGCUGGACCAUCUGCAUCUCUUUCCAAUGUUUCUGGACAAGGAUCUGAGUCGGAAGGACAGUGGUCAGCAUCUGACUUCCGAGAAGGCAAGAAUCCUGAAUUUAGAGGCCAGACAUUUGAAGGGAGACAGAGAGAGAGAUAUGAGGGAGGAAAUAAAGACAAGGUUUUAGAUCAGCCAGAGCCUCAGCAAGCAGAUAAUCGACAAGGUAGACCCUUUGAGGAAAGACGAAGGGAUCGAGAACAUGGCAGACCUUGGGAAAGAGACCGUGGCAGAAACUGGAAUAGAGACAGGGACUGGGAGAGACACAGAGACAAGGAAUGGGAUAAAAGUAGAGACAGGAACCAAAACAAAGAUAGAGAGAAGGAUUCAGAGCGGGCUAAAGAAUGGGAAAGAAACAGAGACCGAGAGAGAGCAAGAACCAGAGAGAGAGAAUCCUACAGAAGACGUGAUAGAGACCGAUCAAGAAGCAGAGACAGAGAUCGCGACAGAGAGAAAGACAGGGACCGGGAUCGAAGCAGGGAAAAAGAAAGAGAUCGAGAGAGAGAUCGCGAUCGUGAAAGAGAAAGAGGAAAAGAUCGCAAAGAUCGGAGUAAGAGUAGGGAAAUCGGUAAAGAGAUGAAGCCAGAAGCACCGAAGGAAACCCAGAAACCAACAGAAACAGAAGCUUCAUCUUCCACUAAUCAGUCAUAGAAAUAUGAUUGCUAUUAUAUUUCCCAUAAAUAAUAUACUUUUACAACACAGCGAGGACUGAAUCAGCAUCUUCUGUAUAUACUGUAUAUUCUCACCUUUACAAAAAUGCUGUUGUCAAACUAGCCUUACAAAAUGUACUGACAAAUUAGCAAUUUUUGAACAACUGUGAAUGAAAAUACUCAAAUAGAUAAAAGGCAAGAACAUACUGGACUUUCACUUGCCGCAUUUUGUGCAUAAUGUUUUUCUUAUAAAAA